GGGAAGAGAAAAUCAGCCCCGCGACUCCACGUCACGCCAGUUGCCAUUGCCUAGUGGGACCGAGUGAAUGAGAAAUUUGCACCACAGUGAAGCAUGAAGUCAACUCACUUUACACCCCUCGCGUGUUUUCAGUAUUUUCAUUUUUCAUCAUCAUUUCCUCGUCUCUUCGCCGACGAAUCAAGAACUUUGCUACUCAUAAAGCGAUUCACCCUUUCAGUGUAGUGAGAACCGUUCUUCCGACGGUUGUGCAGUCAAUUUUUUAAGCCCAUGAAUUCAAACAAGAUGGAUUCGAACUCUAAAUUUUCAGACAAGUUGCUCACACGGAGGUCUUUGCUCCUGCAACCAUUUCGGACAGUGUUGGGUUGUUUUUCGUAUUCUAAUUUGGGCAAGCAAGGUUCAGAUUCUUUUCGUCCUUCUACCGAUUCCAAUUUGGGCCAGCAAGGUUCAGAUUCUUCCCAUCCUUCUAUUGAUUUCACUUUGGGCAGCCAGCAGCGAGGUUCAGAUUCUUCUUGUCCUUCUAUUGAUUCCAAUUUGGGCCAGCGAGGUUCAGCUUCUUCUCGUCCUUCCAUCUAUUCCAAUUCUGUCCAUACCUAUAGAUAUGAUGUGUUUAUCAGUUUUAGAGGUGCAGACACCCGCAACACUUUUGUUGAUCAUCUUUAUGCUCACCUAACAAGGAAGGGUAUUUUCGCCUUCAUGGAUGAUAAAAGGCUUGAGAAAGGGGAAUCCCUUUCGCCACAACUUCUUCAAGCAAUUCAAAAUUCUAGAAUUUCUAUUGUUGUCUUCUCUGAAAGAUAUGCCGAGUCUACGUGGUGUUUGGAAGAGAUGGCUACUAUUGCUGAAUGCCGUGUAGAACUCAAUCAAAAAGUAUUUCCUGUUUUUUAUGAUGUCGAUCCGUCUCAUGUACGAAAACAGAGUGGGGUUUACCUGAAUGACUUUGUUUUACACAAGAAGAAAUUCAAGCAUGAUCCAAACAAGCUUGUGAGAUGGAAAAAUGCUAUGAAAGUUUUAGCUAACUUAGUUGGUUGGGAUGUCAUGAACAAGCCAGAGUCUAUAGAGAUUGAAAACAUUGUUCAAGCAUUAAUAAAAACUUUGAAUCAUAAAUUCUCAGGGUUUACCAGCGAUCUUGUUGGGAUGCAACCUCGCAUAGAAGAAUUAGAAAAGCUUUUAAAAUUGAGCUCAAAGGAUGAUGACUUCCGAGUUCUGGGAAUUUUGGGGAUGAGUGGAGUAGGAAAGACAACUCAUGCUACUGUUUUGUACGACAGAAUCUCUUAUCAGUUUGAUGCUCGUUGUUUUAUUAAUAACACAAGCAAACUUUAUAUGGAUGGUGGCAUUGUUGCUGUACAAAGACAAAUUCUUCGACAAGCUCUAGACGAAAGAAAUCUUGACUCAUACGAUACUUGUGAAAUUUUAGGGAUUAUGAUAAAUAGGCUUCACAGUUCCACUAAGGUCCUUCUAGUUCUUGACAAUGUUGAUCAAUUAGAGCAAUUGCAGGAAUUAGGUAUAAAUCCUAAAUUACUUGGGAGUGGCAGUAGAAUAAUCAUAACCACAAGGGAUGAGCAUAUUCUAAGAGUGUAUGGGGCUGAUAAAAUUCACAAAGUUCCAUUGUUGAAUAGUAAUGAUGCUUCUGAACUUUUUCUUAGAAAAGCCUUUAAAGGUGAAGACCAAAGCAGCAACUGUGUUGAAUUGAUUCCAGAGAUACUAAAAUAUGCUCAAAAUCUUCCAUUAGCAAUUAAAGUAGUGGGCUCUUUCUUGUGUACUCGAGAUGCUACUCAGUGGAGAGAUGCUUUGGAUAGAUUGAAGAACAAUCCAGACUGUAAAAUUAUGGAUGUGCUCCAGAUGAGUGUUGAUGGACUACAACAUGAGGAGAAGGAAAUAUUUCUGCACAUUGCUUGUUUUUUUAAAGGGGAGAGGGAAGAUUAUGUAAAGCGAGUUCUAGAUGCAUGUGGAUUAUACCCUCACAUAGGAAUUCAAAGAGUCAUUGAGAAGUCACUCAUUACCAUUAAAAACCAAGAGAUUCAUAUGCAUGAUAUGUUACAAGAACUUGGGAAGAAAAUUGUUCGGCACAAUUUUCUAGACGAUCCAGGAUUGUGGAGUAGAGUAUGGCGAUGCAAUGAUUUUUAUCAUGUCUUGGAGACAAAAACGGGAACAAACAAUAAUGUUAAAGCUAUAGUUCUGGAUCAAAAGGAAAAUUUCUCCAAGUGCAGGGCUGAAGGAUUUUCAAAUAUGAGCAACCUUGCACUUCUCAUAUUGUAUCAUAACAACUUUUCAGGAAAUUUGGAUUUUCUUUCCAACAACUUGCUAUAUCUUUUGUGGCAUGGAUACCCUUUUACUUCUUUGCCGUCAAAUUUUGAGCCAUAUUAUCUUGUGGAAUUGAAUAUGCCUGAUAGUAGCAUUCAACGACUGUGGGAAGGUCGCAAGGAACUACCUAAUUUGAAAAGGAUGGAUUUGAGCAACUCCAAGAAUCUUAUAGAGACUCCAAAGUGUUUUUGGACCCCAAAACUGGAGCGGCUGGAUUUUACAGGAUGCACAAACUUAGGACAGGUCCAUCCAUCAAUUGGACAUCUUACAGAACUGGUUUUCUUAUGCUUGCAAAACUGCAGCAGUUUGGUUGAUCUUGAUUUUGGUAGUGUAUCAAGAUUAAGUUCCUUGAGAGUUCUACGCCUUACUGGUUGCACAAAACUUGAAAAGACGCCAGAUUUUACCGGGGCAUCAAAUCUUGAGUACCUUGAUAUGGAUGAAUGUACAACUUUAUCCAAAGUUCAUGAAUCUAUUGGGAAUUUGACAAAGCUUAAAUUCUUGAGUUUGAGAAACUGCACAAAUCUGGUUGAAAUGCCCGAUAGUAUUAAGUGGAUGGCAUCCCUUGUAACUCUAGAUUUUUGUGGUUGCUCGAGUCUUACAAUUCUACCCCUAGAAUGUACUCAUACCGAUCAUAUGAGAUCUCUGAUUUUUUUAGAUUUAAGCUUUUGCAAUCUUCAUGAAGUACCCGAUACUAUUGGAACGUUAAAGACAUUAGAGAGACUAAAUCUACAAGGAAACAAGUUCCGUUCACUACCUGAUAAUUUCUUUGAUCUUGAAAACCUAGCAUAUCUAAACUUAUCUCAUUGCCAUGAGCUUGAAGCUAUUAAACCCAUAUCUUUUAAAAGUGCUUCUUCUGGAGGAAGAUAUUUUAAAAUAGCAGCGGGAUCUCGGGAUCAUACGUCAGGAUUAUAUAUAUUUGACUGCCCUAAGAUCAUGAACUUUCCCAUAAACCAACAAAUAUCAUAUAUAUGGUUUGAAAGACUGCAUGAGAAUCCCCGACACUUUCGGGGUGGCUUUGACAUCGUCGUGCCUUCUGAUUGGAAAAACACUGAUUUUCCAUCAAGAUGGUUCAAUCACCUAUUUGAUGGCGGUUCAAUAGUAAGGAUAGUAGAUUUUGAUGAGUUUGACAAGAAGUUUGGCUUUGCCUUCUUUGUGGCAUUUGAGAUAAACAAUUGUCUUGCGAAUUCUGGUUCUCCACAGGAUUCAUUUUCCUCAGCACUCCCACAUCAUUUAUAUCUUUCUUUUGAAAGUGAACACACAGAGGAACGCUUUGAUAUGCCGCUUAGUUUGGAACCGCACAAAAUUGAUGGCUCCAAACAUCUUUGGCUAAUCUAUAUCUCUCAAGAGCACUGCCAUUUCUUAAAAACAGGAGCGCAUAUCACAUUUAAAGCCUGCUCAAGUUUGUUAAUAAAGAAAUGGGGAGUACGCUUGGUAAUCAAGGAUCUAAUGAAAUCAUAUACUGUCCGUAGGUUCUGGGAACACUUAACGGACACUGAUGCGCCACAACUUUUCUUUGAUUAUGUACAAAAAACCAGCAUGUAUUCUGGAACUAAAAUCCAACUUCCUUACAAUUGGUUUGUUACUGAAGAGGAAGAAGUUGAGAAUUCUGGAGCCAAGUCAAAAGAAACCAAUCUUUCUAAUCUGGGCUUUUAAAUAUGCUAACCACAGCCAAAAGCACAACAUGUUUUGUGAGCCUUGAGGUUCUGUCAUGAACCUUAUCAUGUUGUUAUCAGUUGCAACUCGGGAAUUUCUUCAACUUUGCGAGUCUCAUGUCGGACAAAUUCAGAAUGUGAUGGUAAAAGUUUCUGAUAGACCUCUUACACGAAAUGUGUAUAAAAGGAAAGGGAUUGAAAUUUCUCAUUAGAUAGUUUAGGGGGUAGUUAUGUAUUUCCUUAGCAGUUAAGUUUUAUUGUGUUUCUGUUUGUAUGUAAUUUGCUUCACUUUCUUUUAGCUGUAAUUGUGAUUGUAGCUCUGCAUUGAAAGUUCUUGUCCAGAGUAAUGUUGAUUGUUGAAUAUAAAUUCAGAAAACUGACCCACAAAUCCCUUGUUUCUGCCAGUUA